UAAAUCUCUCUAUAGAGCGAAGACAAGCGAUUCUAAUAUAAUCUGUAGGAUAGCCGCUGCUCCGAUUCAUGCGUGCAUGUUGUACUCAUUCAGCCAUUACCGUUCCCUUAAUUCGGAGGUUUCCUCUUGUUUGGAAAAACACUGUACUUGGUUAUUGCUUGGUUUGUGAGCCGCAGAGAAACUGCACACUCCAUCCACUGCCACACUUAGGAAUGGAGCACCAGCUGUAAUUGUUGGAUUUGUAGAGGCGAAAUCAACUCGAUAAAGUAAUACCCAUCCUGAUUAUUUCACGUGUUAAACAGGGACAGAGAAAGACCCAGCAUGUCGGGCAAGGACAGACAAAAGGUGACUAAAGACAGCGUUACCUUACUGCCUUGCUUCUACUUUGUGGAGCUCCCGAUCCUGGCCUCCUCGAUCAUCAGCCUUUACUUUCUGGAGCUCACUGACGUGUUUAAACCUGUGCACUCUGGGUUCAUCUGCAAUGACCUGAGCCUCAGCAUGCCAUUCAUCGAGCCAGCCCAUGAGGUGAUCCCAUUCCUGAUGCUCCUCAGCCUGAUAUUCGCUGGACCUGCAGCCACGAUUAUGGUUGGAGAGGGUAUUCUUUACUGCUGCCUUUCCAAGAGAAGAAACGGAGUUGGAUCCGAGCUGAACAUCAACGCAGGAGGCUGUAACUUCAACUCAUUCCUUAGAAGAGCUGUCAGAUUUGUUGGGGUUCAUGUGUUUGGACUCUGUGCCACUGCUCUCAUCACUGAUAUUAUCCAGUUGUCAACCGGCUACCAUGCUCCAUACUUCCUGACUGUGUGCAAACCUAAUUACACCUCACUGAAUACCUCUUGCGAUGAAAAUGCAUUCAUCGUGGAGGAUAUCUGUUCAGGAACCGACUCUGUUUUUAUGAAUGCUGGAAGAAAGUCAUUCCCAUCCAAACAUGCUACUCUCGCAGCAUUUGCAGCUGUGUACAUCUCUAUGUAUUUUAAUGCCACCUUAACUGACUCCUCUAAGCUUCUGAAACCUUUGCUGGUUUUUUUCUUCAUCAUCUGUGCAAUUAUCUGUGGGCUGACCCGGAUCAUCCAGUUUAAGAACCAUCCCAUUGACGUCUAUUGCGGCUUUGUGCUUGGUGGAGGAAUAGCGGUAUAUUUAGGACUAUAUGCUGUUGGUAAUUUCCAGCCUAGUGAAGAUAGUACAAGUCAGCAUGCCCAGAACAGAGAGCCCCUGAGACCUCUGACAGAUCUUAGCCAGGACACGAGCAGACACCUGCCAGGCAAGAAUGGCAGCAGCAGUGAUGGGAUUUCCUCCCAUCAUUCUGAAGGUAUCCUGAACCGCAAUCAUAGGGAGUCCAGCUCGCUGACCAACCUGAAGAGAGCCAGCGCUGAUGUGGAGAUCAUUAGUCCGCGCAGCCCAAUGGGCAAGGAGAACAUGGUGACCUUCAGCAACACACUCCCCAGGGCGAACACGUCUGCACCUGAAGAUCCAACAAGAAGAAAUGCCACCAUCCAUGCCUCCAUGGAUUCAGCACGCUCCAAGCAGCUGCUCUCGCAGUGGAAGAACAAAAACGAGAGCCGGAAGUUGUCCCUACAAGUGAUAGAGACUGAAGCCGGCCACUCACCACAGAGAACAAUGGAAAUGAGGUCAAGCUCUGAGCCUUUCAGGGUGGGUGUCAGUGGAGAACAUCAAGGUCCUAUUGGACAGUACUUAAAGAUCGGACCUGGCAGCACUCCUUUGACUAACAACACCAGUGUUAUUACAGGAGGAGCAAGGGUGUCCAUCCAGUCACGACCUGGCUCUUCACAGCUGGUUCACAUUCCUGAAGAAACCCAGGAGAAUGUCAACACAUCUCCCAAAAGCAGCUCCGCUAGAUCAAAAUGGCUUAAGGUUGCAGAAAAAACUGGAGCCUGCAGAACUAAUAACCAGCCAAGAAUAAUGCAGGUUAUAGCUAUGUCUAAGCAACAGGGGAUGCUGCAAAGCAGCCCUAAGAGUUCGGAUGGCAGUAAUGUCAGCUGCACAGGAUCCAUAAGAUACAAAGCAUUGACGGAUCAGGAACCUGCCAACAUCGUCAGGGUAGAGGCACACCCGGAGAAUAACAGGCCAGUCGUUCAAGCUCCAUCAAGCGAUGGGACUGGCUCGUGGAAAUGGAAGGCACAGGAGAAAGGCAGCAUCCGUCAGACAUAUGAGCUAAAUGAUUUGAACAGGGACUCUGAAAGCUGUGAGUCCCUUAAGGAUGGCUAUGGUUCCACUGACAGGAAGAGAGGCAAUCCAGAGAGCGCUAGUGAGCACCACCAUCAUCACGGGAUAACUACUAUAAGAGUGACCCCGGUGGAGGGGAGUGAUACUGCGUCUGAGACUCUGUCCAUAGCGUCCAGCCGUGACUCUACGCUCAGGAGGAAAGGUAACAUCAUUCUUAUCCCAGAAAGAGGUAACAGUCCUGAAAACACCAGAAAUAUAUUUUAUAAAGGGACUUCACCUACCCAGGCUUUCAAGGAGUGAGGUCUUGUGUGGCCUUGUUCUGUGUACUAACAUUACAAGAUAUGGUUGAAGCUAGUGCUCUCCAUUUCCCACGGUUAAUCAAGAGUUUUUGUGUAUUGCCAAUCCAUUGCCCAUCAGCCUAACUGGAUGAAUAUUGCUGCUUUUUAAAAGAAGCUGUAUUAUGCAUGACUUUUUACAUAUACAAGAAAGCACAAAGUCAUGUGUAUUGUGACCGUUUUUGCUAUGUAUAUUUCAUGAAAGGAAGUUAAUUUUUCAUAUUUUUGAAUAUGAUAUUCAUAUGGGCACCGUGAAGAAACAAAAUAAUAAUAGUGUUGAAACAUGCCAACUUUUUGAAAAGUUAAAACCACAGCUGAAUUGAUAUGCUCAUGAAGAAGUAUUUCACAUUGUUUUAGUAUAUUAGCUUUUAUAAAGAGGGUUCUAAACUAUUUGGUUCCUUACAUAUUCACCAGUAGGUGGUCUUUCAAAAAAAAAAAGUUUCAUACCAUGGAAAUCACUCUUGAGAUUUAGAGAGUUUCAUGGUGUUGUUUGCAAUGUAUAUAUCUAUACAGCAGGUGCUAUUGCACCAAGGAAAACUAAUGAGUAUAAAAGUGCUUUCAGAUGUAUUAAUUGAUACCUCUAGCUCUCAAAAACAGGGGAGGGGCAAUCUAUAAAUGGCAUUUAAUGAAACAAGAAUAGUCCUAGAAUGUUAAUGUGUUGAUUCUCCUGCAUUUCUAAUUGUUUAAAGGUGGUAAUAGUACGCUGGAUUUGCCUCUGACUUGAACACAGUUGUUAACUGGAUGUUCGCAUCCUCAUCACUUUUUAAUGGACUAUUUGACUUCAAAGAACAGAUUCUAAAGCAAAAUUGCCUCACAACUACAGCCCCCCCAUCCAAUGUAAUAUAUUCCUAAUAAUGUGUUGUUGUUGUUUUUAAUAUUAGCAUUUCAUAUAGUGAAAAAAAUUAAUGUAUUUGUUGAGGGCUGAUCACAUUACAAUUGCAUAACUGGUACUGCUAGUGUGAGACACAACACAUUUAAUGUUUUGGAAUGUUCAUAACCAUACAAAUAUUGUAGUAAAUCCAGGAUACUAACAUUAAAUGAGUUGCAGAUUAUUAAUUAUGUAUAUGUGUAGAGAUGUUUAAUUAAUCUUCCAUUUAUUGUAAAAUAUGAAGGAAUAGCUUUAAAAGGAACAUAUAAGUCUGGCAUAUUAUAAAAGUGCAUCCUCAAACAAUGCCUUUACACAAAAACUAGCAUCAGUUGGUAACAUAUUCCUUUGCACAUACAGUACAGAACCGGAUCACAAAAGCAAAUCAAACAAGGUCACUCCAUCAGUUAUUAACAAAAUGUCGUUUAAAAUAAAUUUUAAACUUUUUAAUAAGAUGUCAAUUGAGGACCAUCAACGAACAAUCGUCAAAUGUUCAUUCACCAUCUUCAUCAGGCUCUUCCGAAGGUUACACUGCAUCCAGUUACAAGACAACUUUCCUGGAAGCAUUUUUAAUAACUACUCGAUAUCUGGAAAUAUUCAAAUCAAUU